GCCCCGGUCAGGUGAUGCUGAAGAUGAUGACCUUCUUCCAAGGCCUCCCAGGCCAGCAGACCAUGCCAGCAGCCCACGGCUGCCCCAGAACACCUCGAAAAUUGCCCUCCAUGGCAGAGGUAGAGGCAGAGGCCUCCAUGUCAGAGACCUCCUCUGAAGACCUGGUGCCACCCCCGCAGGCCAGGGAGGCCCCGGAUAGAGAGAAAGACAAGGCUGCAAAAAGGAAAGAGAAGAAGUCCAGAGGACUGGCCGGCAUGUUCAACGUCUUCUCCAAAGGGAAGAAGAAGGGCCAGCCCCGCUCGGCGGAGCCUGAGCCGGAGGCCAGGCCAAGGACGGAUGGCCCGCUGCCCACAGUGGAGGAGCUCAAGGACGCCCUGGAGCGCGGGCGGCUGGAGGCUGCGGGGCCGCUGCUGGCGCUGGAGCGGGAGCUGCAGGCGGCCCCGCCGAGUUCGACGUCGUGGCCACCUACGCCCAGCGCUACCACCAGCACUUCGCGGCCCACCUGGCUGCCUUGGCGCAGUUCGAGCUGUGCGAGCGGGACACCUACAUGCUGCUGGUCUGGGUGCAGAACCUCUACCCAAAUGACAUCCUCAACAGCCCCAAGCUGGCAGGUGAGCUGCAGGCUGCCAGGCUCGGGAGCCUUCUGCCCCCGAAUCAGACCCGACUGCUGGAGGCCACGUUCCUGUCCAACGAGGUGGCCAAUGUGAAGGAGCUGAUGGCUCGGGCCCUGGCGAUGGAGUCACAACGCUGGGUCCUGGACGAGGCCCCGCACAGGCUAGACGGCCACUGUCACAGUGAGCUGGCCAUCGACAUCAUGCAGAUCAUCUCCCAGGGCCAGGACAAGGCCGAGUACAUCACCCCCGACCUGGGCCUGCAGACGAAGCAAGUGCUGCUGGUGGAGCUGGCCGCGCUCCUGCGCAGCUACCAGCGUACUUUCGAUGAAUUUCUGGAGAGAGGCAGACACCUGCGGAACUUCAGGGCUAACAUCAUGGCCAGCAUUAACAGCUGCCUGGCCUUCCGGACAUCCAUGGAGCAGAAGUGGCAGCUCCCACAGGCUCCCCCGAGCCACCUGCUUGACCCCCUGAAUGAGCUCAAGAACCAUGGCUUUGACACGCUGCUGCAGAGCCUGUUUGUGGACCUGAAGCCACUCUUCAAGAAGUUCACGCAGACGCGCUGGGCAGCUCCAGAGGAAACCCUGGAGGAGAUCAUGGCCACCGUGGGCGGGAGGCUGCCUGAGUUCUCAGAACUGCAGGACUGUUUCCGGCAGGAGCUCAUGGCAGCGGUGCACCUGCACCUGGUGAAGGAGUACAUCAUCCGCCUCAGCAAGCGGCGCCUGGUCCUCAAGACGGCCGAGCAGCAGCAGCAGCUGGCCAAGCACAUCCUGGCCAACGCCAAAGCCAUCCAGGACUUCUGCACCCAGAACGGCUCCUCUGCAACCUGGCUGCAGCCCGCGCUCCCCACGCUUGCCGAGGUCAUUCGCCUACAGGACCCCAGUGCCAUCAAGGUGGAGGUGGCCACUUAUGCCACCUGCUACCCUGACUUCAGCAAAGGCCACCUGAGUGCCAUCCUCACCAUCAAGGGGAACCUCUCGAACAGUGACGUCAAGGGCAUCCGGAGCAUCCUGGACGUCAGCUCGGGGUUGCAGGAGCCCUCCAGGGCCCUAUUCUCGCUCAUAAAGGUUGGCUAGCUUUUCCCGCGGCCUGACCAGCUUGCGAGCGUCCCAUGAGCAUCUGGUGCAGCUGCCCUUGGGGCAGACACCCUCUGGGCUAUUUGGACUGGCACUGGCUCCACAGCCCCUCACUGGCUGCCUGCGCUCUGCUGCUGCUGAGGCCCAGCCCUGACCAAGGCGCAAACCCGGACACUGGACUUGGACAGACCCUGGUUUGUGUGUCCACUGGGGCGGGAGCCCCACCUCGGGAGCUGACAGGGCGAUGGCUGCAGACUAGAAGGGAAUGGUCGAUGAUGCGUGCUUGAAGGGACAGGGCAGGAGGGAGUGUGGCCAGGGGUCGGGGCCAGGGGCUCGUGCAGACUCUGUCUCCUAACUGUCCUCCUCAUGAGGGGUCUGAGUGCCCUCGCCAGUUCUGGGACCGGCAGCCGCGCCUCACCCUCCUGCCUCCUUCAGCUCAGGGGUGCUAUGGACUGGGCUCCUGAGUCUAUGAUCAAAGAUAGAAUUGGAAGGAAGAGAAAGCAAGGAUCAAUUUCCCGGGGCCUGGAAAGGCAUGAGGUGCCCUGCUGAGCGAGGGGCAGAGCCAGCGCGGAGCCCACUCCUGAAUUGCCUCUGACCCUCCAGGCUUCUCCUGGAGCUCAGCCCUGACCCCUCACUCCCCCUCAAGGCCUUCCACUUGAUGGUAGUCCCGGAAGGCCAGUGUCUACCAUACCUCCUGGGCCUUGGGCUCAUAGUGCCCCUUGAAGACAGGCUGAGGCCUGGGCAGGGCAGGGCAAGCUCGACCUCUGAUCCUUUGAUGUCUGUUUUAGUAUCCUCUUGCUGCUGGGACAAAUUUCUGCAGACUUAGUGGAUUAAAACAAGAACUUACAGUCUACAGGUUGGGGGUCUGACACGGGGUUGAAAUCGAGGUGUCGGCAGAAUGUCUCUUCUGGCCCAUGGGGAGAAGUCAUUUUCUGCCUCUUCCAGUUUUCCGAGCCCGAUGGCAUUCCAAAUCCUCCUACAUCAUGCCACUGGGAUUCGCUCUCCCCGCUCCCUGACCUACAGGUAGGGGCCUGACCACAUAGAGCCACACAGGGGGUCCCAGGCCCUCUCCCUGUUUUGAGGUCAGCUGAUCAGCAACCUGGAUUCCAUCUGCAACUGUAAUUCCUACUUACAUGAAAUGUAACGGGCUCCGGAAUAAGGGGGGCUGUCCCCAGGAUGUCACCAUCCUGCCCAUCUCCACUGCCAUCCACCCUGUUCUUUAGAGAAUGUCCCUCUCUACAGGAGGAGAACAGAGGGGGUGUGCCCACCAGGCCUCUGCUCCUUGAAAGGUCCUGCUCCUCUCUGGGCUUGAAAGGUCCCUCUCGGUGCGAAAGGGGGGCAGUUCAACUCAGCACCGGCCCUGGCCCAGCUUCUGGGGGUGCUGAUGGUUGGAGAGCUCUCAGGCUUGUCCCUGUCCCCAGGUACUGCCUUACCAACUGGCCAGGAACUGGCUGGAGUCAGCCACGCACAAGCCUUUGCACAUUUGUAUGAGUUAGUGUGUUUGAGGUUAAUAUUAUUAAUACUAUUUUUAAUAGUACUGCUUUUGUACGUGUGUACUCCGGACAGGAUCUGGAGUUUUGUACCUUGAUAUAAAGCUGUUCAAAGUGG